CAGAGCUUCACUCAAGGUGACCACGCCCACACCGCCCAGCUAAACUCACCUCACCUUUAGAUAGUUCCUCCCCAAGACAAGACAUUUACUUGUACGCUUUUUAGCACCGAGAAACAGCUGCACGUCAUCUUCCCAAAUGGCAAACGGAAAAGUAUCCACUCUUCUCUCGCUUGUUGGCGUCAUACUGCUGUGGCCUUUUGCCCUGACGAAGAGUAUCUCAUCCAAACUCCAAACUGCACACAGUGCCUCCAUGUCUGCAGAGCAGGAACAAGAGCGCCCUCAUGUGGUGGUGAAACGCUCAACACAGAACUGCGACUCCUCUUUCGACAACUACUGCAUGAACGGUGGUCAGUGCAUGCUUCUGGUGGACGCCAAUGAGCAUCACUGCAAGUGUCACAGUGGUUUCUAUGGCCCCCGCUGCAGCAAUCUGGAGCUGGUCGUUAAGCCAAUGGGAGAAAAGCAGAUUGUUUUCACCGUUUUCUGCGUGACCAUGCUGCUUGUUGCCCUGGCUGGAGCUCUCUACUUGUGCUUCAAGUGGUAUAAGAAGAAUAAAUGCAAUCCCAGGCAGAAACGGCAAGGCUACAAAGGAGUGCAGACAAUGUAGAGUCUUCUUGUGUCCACGCUGGAAAAUGCCAAUGACAAAGAACCCUUUUUAUAGCUGUAUUUUUUUUUAUUAUUAUUUAAACCUGGCACUUUAAUUUUCUGUGAGGUUUAGCUCGUAUUUAUUUAUAGUUUGUCUGCAUUUUGUAAGCAGGAUGACUUUUAACGAGAACAGCCAUGAUUGUCAUUGUCAUUCUGUUUAGUCAGCGAGGAGUUUGAUAAUGUCUUGUAAAGAAUUGCCUGGAAGUUCUGCUAUUGCCACAAAGAAAUAAAAGCACUUUGUGUUGUUGAA